AUGUUGGAGGAGAAUGAUGUGAAUUUAUUGUUUCGCGCAGAUCAUAUUAAAUAUCGAAAAGCCGGCGACGGCAAAUCGCCCAUCGGACGUCUUUCAAUUUAUAAGGAGUAUGUUGAAUGGAGGGAUAAUGCGAGUCCUGAGGUUCUAACCGUAAAAUUUAUUCAUAUUAAAGGACAACGCGUCUCGCCACCGCACAAAUCGAAAGUCCAACUGCAACUUGUUCUACAGAACGAAGAGCAGGCGACGUUUGUGUUUCUGAAUCCGGCGCUCGACAAAGACGGAUUGACGAAAGAGCGCGACACUGUCAAAGAAACGCUACAGCAGGCGUUGAUCGCGCAUCGCGCUCACGUCAAUCAAUUGGCGGCGUCGGUGGAGAAGCGCUCGAAGACCGCCGAGCUCGAUGAGAAGCAGAAGAUUUUGCGCGAGAACAAGAAUUUGGAGCAACUCUAUAAGCAUCUCGUCGCGACGCAACUCAUUCCACCGCAAGAAUUUUGGGAGGAUUAUUACAGAAAGGAGGGAAUUUCUGAAGAGAAAAUGGGUAUAAAUGGCGCAUUUUUGGCGAAUAUUGCGCAACAAGAAGGCACCAAUGGGAUUAAGCUGAACUUGAAUGCCGAUAUAAUUCAGGCGAUUUUUACAACUUAUCCUGCCGUGGAGAAGAAGCAUUUGGAAAUGGUGCCACAUGAAAUGACCGAGUCCGAAUUUUGGACGAAAUUCUUCAAAUCGCAUUAUUUUCAUCGAGAGAGAGAAGUUCUCCCGAAUCCGAAAGACAUUUUUGCCGAUUGUGUGAAAAUUGAUGACGAGGAGAUGGGAAAAAUCGCGAGCGACGGGAUUCAAAGGCGGCGAUUCGAUCUCAAUCACUUGGAUGACUACACAUUCCGCGAAUUUUUUCAUAAAAAUGAAGGUGCUCCAAAAUCGGCGAAGACGACGUUAAUAAAACGAUGCAAUUAUUUAUCGGAGAAAAUUUUGGCGACAUCGUGGAAAGAGGUCGAACCGAGCACAUCGGAAAAUUUGGAAAAGAAAAAAGGAUUUGCGGUUUUGGAUCGUGUCGUUGAAGAGUGCGAAAAACGCAUUGAAUCUGAGGAUUUGGCUGAAGAAUCAACGAAUGAUGAAGUGCAAGUCAUAAAAAUUCCCGAUUUUGUUGGAGUUGAAGUGGAUAUCAUUUGUGGUGUUGAUGAUAUUGAGGAUAUUGAUGUGAGCGUUGGCCAACAAUCAAAUGGAAGCGAUUCGAUGACAUCGGUGUCGCCUGAGCGAUGGGGAUUGACGGCAGCGGAAAUCAACGAGCUUCGGGAUGUCAACAACGCGGUCAACGAAUUGUGUCGACAUUUUUGGGGAUGUUUUCCGCCGACGACACCUGAAGCUGAAGAGAAGCUUGAUAGAAUGGAAGCGACACUGACGAAAUAUGAGAAUCAGUAUUUGCGUGAGGCCGAGAGGAAGUUUGGAAUAAUACACAUUGAGCAUCUUCAAGAAAUGAUUCGGCGAUGUCAUGAGAAAAUGCGUCGCGCUGGCCAAAUCCUUCGCAAUCGGCUGGCACUGUUUCGAUUACCGUAUUCGACGGAAGCGUCAACGUCAGCUGGCGGCAAUAUCGCGCCGGUUUUGAGGCCCGAUUUGAAUUUUGAAUUUCUUCUUGAUGAUAAAAAUUUGGAGUUGAUCAAAGAGAAUAUUGUCACUCGAAAAGGUGUUGGCGAUAUUGAUAGUGUUCGCGCGAAGUGGGCGCUGAUUCAGGCGAUGAUGCGAUCGGGAAAAAAGCCGGACGAUCUCACCGAAGAGAAGUAUGCGCAAAUAUGGAAUGAGCUCUACGAUGAGGCGAUGCUGAUUCCGAAUAUGACGGCUGAUGGUGUGCCGAGAGGCGGAAUGGAAGAAGCGCGGCUUGUCGCUGAAUGGGGAACGAAACGCGAGGAUAAUUGUCUGAGUGCCGAGAAACUCGUUCAAUCCUGGAGAUCGCUUCUUCAUCCGAAUGAGGCUUGCGGACAACGAAGCUAUGUGUUUCUGGGUCCGUUGACGUCUCUCGAAAAUGCAUUGUUGGAAUACGCCUAUGAGCGCGUUUGUGCUCUUGGAUUCCGUCCGAUUGUCGUUCCGGAUCUCGUCUCCGGCGACGUCACUCAAGCAUGCGGUGUUUUUCAACGCAGCGACAAUCCCAUACAGUAUUCGUUGGACGGCGAGGCGAACACGAUGCUGUCGGGAACCGCUGAAAUGGGAAUUGCGGCGUUUUUGCGGGGACGAACUUUUGAGGAGAGUCAACUUCCGAUCAGACUUGUGUCGAUGAGUCGAUGCUUUCGCACCGAGAUCAGCAAAUCGGCAAUUGAAGCGAAACUCUACAGGGUUCACGAAUUCUCAAAGGUUGAAAUGUUCUCCGUGUGCACACCGGAACAGAGCGACGCCGAACUUGAAUUCAUUGUUCAAGUCCAACGCGGCACAUUCGAGGCGCUCGGAAUUCAUUGCCGUCAAUUGGAAAUGCCCUCUGAAGAGCUCGGAGCGUCGGCAGCAAAAAAGUACGAUAUUGAAGCGUGGAUGCCGGGCCGAAAACUUUAUGGCGAAGUCUCAUCGGCUAGUAAUUGCACCGAUUUUCAGACGAGACGAUUAGGUGUCAAAUAUAAAACGGUGGAUGGAGAGGAAAAGUUUGCGCACACUUGUAACGGGACUGCCCUUGCUUCCACGAGAGCGUUGAUAGCUCUGCUCGAAACCUACCAAAAUGAGAAGAAGGGACUUGGAGAAUUGCCAGAACCACUGCGUCAUCGAAUCAAACAGCGUGGAGUACCGAUUCGAUUCCAAAAAGCGAAGCCAUUAUCGUAA